UUAUUUUUUAAAAAUUCAUUGCUGAUUAAUACAUUUUAUUUGCUUUGAACAGUAUCUAAUGAUCAAUGGGUCAGAGAAGCAUCCAGUGUGGGAAGAGCAUCCUGGAGUGGGGACAGUCUAGCCCCCGCCCUAAACAGGGGUGGCAGAAUCUGACAGCUGGCUGGUCUGACCCACCAUGGCUAACACAGAGGACCAAGGAAUGGAGAUGCACACAAAUCCCAUAGAAAAGCUCAGAGCACAGUGCUUGGCAAGGGGCUCAGCUGACAUUAAGUCCACUCCCCCCCAGUGCCAUAACUCCUCAGGCCUGGCUCCAGGGAGUGGGGUGAAAUGUGCUGCUCAUGGCCAAGUAGCAGCCCCCCCACAGUCCCUGGCUGCAGAGAUUUCUGUAUCAUGGAUGGUGAUAAGAGCUGGCAUCACGCUGGGGAGCAGAGAGGCACAGGAAAUCUUCAGCCUCUGUGACAAGAAUGGCAGUGGCAUGAUGGACUUUGAGGAGUUCCUGGAAGCCCUGCGGCCACCCAUGUCGGCCACCCGGAAGUGGAGCAUAGCUGAUGCAUUUAACAAACUGGACAAGAUUGGAGCUGGCAUGGUGAGCGUGGAGGAUCUUCAUGGGGUGUAUGAUGGCAGGACUCACUCCAAGUACCAGAGUGGGGAACGGACAGAGGAGCAGGUGUUCCGAGCAUUCCUGGACAGCUUUGACUCACCCCAUGACAAGGCUGGAAAAGUAGCGGGGAGGGUAGCACCUGACCAAGGGGCUGGGUUGUGUGGGGCCUGAACUGCUUCCUGCGGCAGAGGCCAAGACCCAGCCGCUCUGUAAUCAUUCCUUGUGCUGCUCAACUGCAGCCAGCUGUCCGGAAGCCGAGGCCAGCCAACAGCCGGCGUUUAUAAUCUGAUCAUUCACAACUAAGCAGUAAAUGGGGGUCGGUCAAACCUGGGCACUCCACCCUCCAGUCCCACUCCGGGCAGCUUCAGCUAGAAGUGCAUCCAGUGACACCUCUAUUAUUGCAAUGCAGGAGUAAGGGGGAGCAGAUUUCACCCAAAUGGGGCAGUUAGUUUUAUAGGCAGGUUGUACCUGGAACUGAUAUCCAUGGACAGCCCCUGCUCUCAGCCAGUGAGCUCCAGCAGGAAGCAGCUGCAGGGUCACUACAUGAAAAGUUGCAUUGUUUCUUCCUGCUUCUUUGAACUGGUGUCUGAGGCUGAAGUAAACCAGGAGUCGGCUACACAAGCAGGAUAGAGACAGCAUGUUAGUUUCCAGUCGAUUUUUCAAAGUGCUUUACAAGUCACCGGUACAAUCAGAUCAGCUUGAAAUUUGCUAUGAUAGCUGAAGAUCUGAAAUAGUUUGGGAGAUCAACUUGGGAUCAUGUGGCUCAGGGUUUCUUGAGAUAUAUUGGAGGGGGUCGGUGGGGGAGAGAAGGUUAUAAUUGUUCACAGUACUCCAGAACAAUGCACUGUAGGAAGAUAGUCUUGAGCUGUAUCAUAGAGUACAGAAGACAUUGUGUGCUGCAAAUUUGGAGCUAACUGGUCACAAGGAUUCCAGGGUAAAACGUUUCUCUUUCCCAAUGACAUGUACUUAACUAAAACAAUACUCUAAUAAGCAGAAGCUUGUGGCCUGGCCAUUGCUUUGCCAGCUUUUACAUUUUUAAG